AUGGACGCGGGGGUCCCGGCUCGGAGGCGACGCGAGAUGGCGGCGGCGAUCUCGGGAGCCGGUCGCUGUCGGCUAAGCAAGGUGGGAGCUGCCCGGCGCCCACCUCCAGCUCGAGUGAGGGUAGCUGUGAGACUGCGCCCGUUUGUGGAUGGGACAGCUGGAGAAAACGACACCCCCUGUGUGCGGGGCCUGGACAGCUGUUCUCUGGAGAUUGCCAACUGGAGGAACCACCAAGAGACUCUCAAAUACCAGUUUGAUGCUUUCUACGGGGAGAGGAGCUCUCAGCAGGACAUCUAUGCAGGAUCGGUGCAGCCCAUCCUGAGGCACUUGCUAGAAGGGCAGAAUGCCAGUGUGCUCGCCUAUGGGCCCACAGGGGCAGGGAAGACACACACGAUGCUGGGCAGCCCAGAGCAGCCUGGGGUGAUUCCUCGGGCUCUCAUGGACCUCCUACAGCUCACGAGGGAGGAGGGUGCUGAGGGCCGGCCAUGGGCCCUCUCUGUUACUAUGUCCUACUUAGAGAUCUACCAGGAAAAGGUAUUAGACCUCUUGGAACCUUCAUCGGGAGACCUGGUGAUCCGAGAAGACUGCCGAGGAAAUAUCCUGAUUCCGGGCCUCACGCAGAAGCCCAUCACUAGCUUUGCUGAUUUUGAGCGGCAUUUCCUGCCAGCCAGCCGAAAUCGGACGGUGGGAGCCACCCGGCUCAACCAGCGCUCUUCCCGCAGUCAUGCUGUGCUCCUGGUUAAGGUGGAUCAGCGAGAACGCUUGGCCCCAUUUCGCCAGCGGGAAGGGAAACUCUACUUGAUUGACUUGGCUGGCUCAGAGGACAACCGGCGCACAGGCAACAAGGGCCUGAGGCUGAAAGAGAGUGGAGCCAUCAACACCUCCCUGUUUGUAUUGGGCAAGGUGGUGGAUGCUUUGAACCAGGGCCUCCCUCGGGUACCCUACCGGGACAGCAAGCUCACUCGCCUGUUGCAGGACUCUUUGGGUGGCUCAGCCCACAGCAUCCUCAUUGCCAACAUUGCCCCUGAGAGACGCUUCUACCUGGACACAGUCUCUGCACUCAACUUUGCAGCCAGGUCCAAGGAGGUGAUCAACCGGCCUUUUACCAAUGAGAGCCUGCAGCUUCCUGUCUUGGCACCUGUAAAACUGUCUCAGAAAGAACUGCUAGGCCCAUCAGAGGCAAAGAGAGCCCGAGGCCCUGAGGAAGAGGAAACUGGGAGUCCCGAACUCCCAAUAGCUCCAGCCUCUGCCUCCCAGAAACUCAGCCCUCUACAGAAGCUAAGCAGCAUGGAUCCGGCAAUGCUGGAGCGCCUUCUAAGCUUGGACCGUCUGCUGGGCUCCCAGGGGAGCCAGGGGACCCCUCUGCUGAGCACCCCAAAGCGAGAGCGGAUGGUGCUUAUGAAGACAGUGGAAGAGAAGGAUUUGGAAAUUGAGAGGCUUAAGAUGAAGCAAAAAGAACUGGAAGCCAAAGUGCUGGCCCAGGAGGUUGCUGACCCCAAGGAGAAAGAGAACUACUCUUCCACAAUGCUCAGACCCCUUGCUCGCCGUACAGUCACAGUGGCUAAACCCCUUAAAAAGGCAGUGGUGAUGCCUCUACAACUGAUUCAGGAGCAGGCAGCAUCCCCAAAUGCCGAGAUCCAUAUCUUGAAGAAGAAAGGCCGGAAGAGAAAGCUGGAGUCCCUGGAUGCAUCACAGCCAGAGAAGGCUGAGGACGGCUGGGAGCUGCAGAUCAGCCCAGAGCUACUGGCCCAUGGUCGCCAAAAAAUAUUAGAUCUGCUGAACGAAGGCUCAGCCCGUGAUCUGCGCAGCCUGCAGCGCAUUGGCCAAAAGAAGGCUCAGCUCAUCGUGGGCUGGAGGGAGCUCCACGGCCCCUUCAGCCAGGUUGAGGACCUGGAACGCGUGGAGGGCAUGUCGGGGAAACAGAUGGAGUCGUUCCUGAAGGCAAACAUCCUGGGUCUUGCCGCGGGCCAGGGCUGUGGCCCCUCCUGACUGCCGGCUCCCCUCUGUACCCUCCCGUUUUUUUUUUUUUAAGUCCUUGUGUAACUGCUUGUCUUGUAAAUACAGUUUUCACUCCGU